AUUGGAAACCGGCGCGAUGCCGUCCGCUAAAUCGGUUCUCCCGGCGAGGAUCCGCUACGAUGGCCCGUACAGCAUGGACCUCGGCAACCCCGCGCAGUUCUCGAUGUGCCUGCUGCAGUACGCGAUGCUGUGGGAGGUGCCGCGUUUCCUGUCCGGCUGGUUCUUUCGCAGGCGAUGGGGCGGCAAGGACGGCAAGGCGAACGAGGAGUUCACGUCGUGCGCGCCGUCCUACGUGAUGUCUUUCGUCCACGCCAUCGUGGUGGGGGGUCUCGGCAUCUGGGUCUUGUCGGGCUUGUGGGAUUGCCCGCUUCACGACAAGUUCUUCAUCAACGACGCCACCCCGCCCCAGACGCUCAAGAUCGUGGACGUCAUCGAGCGCACCAACUGGGUGUUCUUCGGGUACAUGAUGGACGACCUGGCGCACGUGUUGGCCAGGUACCCAAAGCUGGGUAAGAUGGACAUGGUGGCCCACCACCUCGUCUUCAUCGUGUGCUCCAUCCUCGCGGGAUAUGCCCAGAUCUUCGUCUUUCCCUUCUCGUGGCUGCUCAUCGGCGAGCUCUCCACGCCGCUGCUCACCGUCAAGUGGUUCCUCCGCCAGUCCGGCCUCGGGCAAUCCAAGCGCCCGAUCGAGUGGGCGAAGAAACUGGGCUUCAAGGGCAAGGCCCUGGAGUCCACCUACGAGGCCGCCUCCGCGAUCGAGUACAAGGUGUCCGAGAUCUUCGUCGCCGUAUUUUUCGUCGUGAGGGUCUGCGCGUACGGCGCCGGUCUCACGCACCUCUUGAGACACCUCAUCGCGGGCGACCUGGCGAACGUGCCGCCGUGGCCGAGGUACACGGUGCUCGGCAUCAUCCUCGCGGGAGCCGCGCUGAACGGGCACUGGUUCAGGAUCAUGAUCACCAAGGCGCUCGGGCUCGGCGGCGGGAGCAAGAGCAAGGGCGGGAAAGCCGAGGCAAACUCCGGGGAGGAUGCCAUGUACACGUUCUCGGCGGCAAAGCCGGAGAACAACGGCAAGGCGGACUAAACGAUUAUUUUCCUCGAGACUGUCGUCGUGUAAGUAAUAGUAGAAGACGUUAAAUCG